AUGGACCAUACGUCAAACGGGUCCACAAUUGCCUCACUUGUUGGCUCAAUAGCAAACAAUCCUCCAAAUUUAACUGACAAUAUAAAUGCAGAAAUGUUAUUGAAUCAUUUAGUGAAUCCAGCAACUUCUACAUCGUCUAAAAAUGCUGAAAUAAUAAAAGGACAAAAGUUUGACGUUGCACCACGUUACACAGAUUUAAAAUAUAUUGGUGAAGGUGCUUAUGGUAUGGUUGUAUCGGCAUUUGAUCAUAUGACACAACAAAAAGUGGCUAUAAAAAAAAUAACUCCAUUUGAACAUCAAUGUUUUUGUCAACGAACACUACGAGAAAUAAAAAUUUUAUCUCGUUUUCGUCAUGAAAAUAUCAUUAAUAUUCAAGAUGUUAUACGAGCACCAACAAUUGAUCAAAUGAGAGAUAUUUAUAUUGUUCAAUGUUUAAUGGAAUGUGAUAUGUAUAAACUAUUGAAACAUCAACGUUUAACAGAAGAACAUAUUUGCUAUUUUCUCUAUCAAAUUCUAAGAGGAUUAAAAUAUAUUCAUUCAGCUAACGUAUUACAUCGGGAUUUAAAACCGUCCAACUUAUUACUGAACACAAAUUGCGAUUUAAAAAUUUGUGAUUUUGGAUUAGCUCGUGUUGCCGAUCCUAAUCAUGAACAUGCUGGACUAUUAACUGAAUAUGUUGCAACAAGAUGGUAUCGAGCACCAGAGAUUAUGUUAAAUGCUCGUGGUUACUAUAAACCAAUCGAUAUCUGGAGUGUUGGAUGUAUUUUAGCUGAAAUGUUGACAGGUCGACCGAUUUUUCCAGGUAAACAUUAUAUUGAACAAAUCAAUUUAAUUCUAAAUGUUGUUGGCAGUCCGUGUGAAGAAGAUUUAAAUUCAAUCGUGAAUGAGCGUGCAAGAAAUUAUGUAUCACUGUUACCCGUUCGUCAACGUACACCGUGGAAAAAAUUAUUUCCCGAGGCAAAUGAUCAAGCAUUGGCUAUGCUCGAUUUUCUGUUAACAUUUAAUCCAAAUCGUCGUGUUUCCGUUGAAGAAGCUCUUGCACAUCCUUAUCUCGCCCAAUAUUUUGAUCCGACUGAUGAACCAGUUGCUACACAUCCAUUUACAAUUGAUAUGGAAUUUGACGAUUAUCCAAUUCAAAAAUUAAAAGAAUUAAUAUUUGAAGAAACAGAUUCAAUACGAGAUCGAUUAUUGAAUAGAGAGGGUUAA